UGGAGAGCUGGCGCCUGCGAGAGGCGAACGGGAGCGCGCGGGCGCGGGCGGGGGAGCGGCGGCGGCGGGGAGGGCGGCGGCGAGGGCGGCGGGAGCGCACAGACACGCACACGCACACGCGCACACACGGACACACACUCCGGGGACGCACGCCCGCGCGCACACACGCAGCGGCAGCUCGCCUUCCUGCCUGGCUUCCUUCCUGUCUGCUCGGCGCCUGACAGGCCCCUCGCUGCAGCCAGGGGCCGCCCGCACCGGGCAGAGGCCUGGCCGGGCCGGCGGCGAGGGCAACGGGGGCCGCGGGCGGCGGCGUCGGCUCAUGCCCGGCCUGUCCCCGCGAGGGGCGGGCACCGUGACUCGGCUGGGCCCCCAGCGGCGGGCGAUGUGAAGAUGUCAGUGGGCUGUGCCUGUCCUGGUUGUUCCUCCAAGUCAUUCAAGCUGUACUCGCCGAAGGAGCCCCCGAACGGCAACGCCUUCCCCCCGUUCCAUCCCGGCACCAUGCUAGAUCGGGAUGUGGGCCCAACUCCCAUGUACCCACCUACGUACCUGGAGCCUGGGAUUGGGAGGCAUACGCCGUAUGGCAACCAAACUGACUACAGAAUAUUUGAGCUUAACAAACGGCUUCAGAACUGGACGGAGGAGUGUGACAAUCUCUGGUGGGAUGCUUUCACAACCGAGUUCUUUGAGGAUGAUGCAAUGUUGACCAUCACUUUCUGCCUAGAGGAUGGACCAAAGAGAUACACUAUUGGCCGGACCCUGAUCCCACGCUACUUCCGCAGCAUCUUUGAGGGGGGUGCCACAGAGCUCUACUAUGUGCUUAAGCAUCCCAAGGAGGCAUUCCACAGCAACUUCGUGUCCCUCGACUGUGACCAGGGCAGCAUGGUGACCCAGCACGGCAAGCCCAUGUUCACCCAGGUGUGUGUGGAGGGCCGGUUGUACCUGGAGUUCAUGUUUGACGACAUGAUGCGGAUAAAGACGUGGCACUUCAGCAUCCGGCAGCACCGAGAGCUCAUCCCCCGCAGCAUCCUUGCCAUGCAUGCCCAGGACCCCCAGAUGUUGGAUCAGCUUUCCAAAAACAUCACACGGUGUGGGCUCUCCAACUCCACUCUCAACUACCUCCGACUCUGUGUGAUCCUCGAGCCCAUGCAAGAGCUCAUGUCCCGCCACAAGACCUACAGCCUCAGCCCCAGAGACUGCCUCAAGACCUGCCUUUUCCAGAAGUGGCAGCGCAUGGUAGCACCCCCUGCGGAACCCGCACGGCAGCAGCCCAGCAAGCGGCGGAAACGGAAGAUGUCCGGGGGCAGCACCAUGAGUUCGGGGGGUGGCAACACUAACAACAGCAACAGCAAGAAGAAGAGCCCGGCCAGCACCUUUGCCCUCUCCAGCCAGGUACCUGAUGUGAUGGUGGUGGGGGAGCCCACCCUGAUGGGCGGGGAGUUCGGGGACGAGGACGAGAGGCUCAUCACCCGGCUGGAGAACACCCAGUUUGACGCGGCCAACGGCAUUGACGACGAGGACAGCUUUAACAACUCCCCUGCGCUGGGCGCCAACAGCCCCUGGAACAGCAAGCCUCCGUCCAGCCAAGAAAGCAAAUCAGAGAACCCUACAUCACAGGCUUCCCAGUAAGGUCCCUGCCAUGGCCACCCAGCACUCUGCCUGCCUGCCCCACCCCUCGCAGCCCCAGGGAGCAGAAGACAGAACGAGAGACUGAGCAUGAGCAUCCUCCAAUCCACCCACUUUCGGGAGGAACUGGACUUGCUGGGGGCAGGUGCCAAGAUGGCCCUCCCAGUGGCCCUGGGCCAGGCCUAGUGGGGCCAGGGGAGACUCAAGUGGCUGCCGCUGUGGGCCCUGGGCCUCUGGAAAAUGUCCUGACCACCCCCCACCCCAGGGCAUUUGUCUCCACCUUAACUGCAGGUUCCGGGUCCCCCAUCCACCUGACUCCACCCUCUUCAAGCCUCGGGUUGUUUGUACUCACAACCUUUAGGGACUU